CCAGCAAAUAUCUCAUUCAUCUAGUUGAUCAGUUCUCACAGACUUUCAAAUGAAGAAAAAUCAUUUUUCGCUAAUAUUUUAAACAACUUACAGUGGGUAAAAUAAAUAUUGGAACAUAUACUGGUUGAACAACCAAUCAUAUUGAAAAAUUCUCACAGGUAGCAAACCAGAAAGAAAAAGAACAACUCUCAGUUAAUACGUGCAACAUUUUGCGGGAGGUAAAAUAAAUAUUGGAGUAGACACAUAAGGUUUAUGCUGCAGUUGAAAUAUGAUAUUUUAGAAAAGUAAAAGAUUAGAUUUUUAAAUAUUUACCCAAAGAAAUUACAACUCACAAAUAAUGACAAAUCUACAAGCCAGAGUUUGCAAAACAGUACAGCAAUUGCAGUUUAGGAGCAACACACAAGGUGCGGGCUGCCUGACCUGCUGAGUUCCUCCACCCCCUUGCGUGUUGCUCCAGAUUCCAGCAUCUGCGGUCUCUUGUGUCUCCAUUGUAAUUUCGGAUGCCACUAAAACAACUCACAGCAAAGAAUAACAUUUCCAGAAAGUGGAUUGGGAAUCUGCUUGUAAGCUAGGCAUGUGUGGAAAUCCUUUAGCUUCUGAUGCGAACAGUUUCAACUUUUACAGCAUUACCACUCCAAAUUCUGGCCCAUGACCAUAUUGAAUUUUAUUUCAAUCUGCCAUUAUUACAACAAGCACCAGAAGCAGAGUCCUUAUGCUACAGUUACUCAAUUUAAAAAAAUGAAAUCUAAAAGCAAACUUCCUUUGAAGUAACAAUAGCAGAAUAAUCCAAAUGUAAAAACAACAGGUUUGCAUCAGCUUUUGAUGAAAGUGGCGGCAAACAUUGAGUCUGGGGAAAUGCAUUGAGCUUCUUUGCUCGCAGCAGCUGAAGCGCCUGUUUGAAUAAAGUUGUGUGAAACAGCGAUGGCGGCGUCCAGGAUGAGGCGGUGGUUGGUGCCGCUCGCCUUUGGUGUGACUCUCCUGAAGUGCCUGCUUAUCCCCGCUUAUCAUUCAACAGACUUUGAAGUCCACAGAAACUGGCUGGCCAUUACUUACAGUUUACCUGUUUCACAGUGGUAUUAUGAAGUGAUUUCAGAAUGGACGUUGGAUUAUCCACCAUUUUUUGCAUGGUUUGAAUACCUCCUCUCCCUCAUUGCACAAUUUUUCGAUAAGGAAAUGCUGGUUGUCCAGAACCUUAAUUAUGCCAGUAACGCAACUGUACUGUUUCAGCGACUUUCAGUGAUCACCAUGGAUAUAGUAUUCAUUUAUGGAGUAAUAGAGUGUUGUAAGAACAUAAAUAGGACAAAGGAAUCAAAGGAAAUACUGGAGAAGCCAGAUUUCAUACUUGCAGUGCUGUUACUUUGGAACUUUGGAUUAUUGAUUAUUGAUCAUAUUCAUUUUCAAUACAAUGGCUUCUUAUUUGGCUUGUUGCUUCUUUCCAUUGCAAGGAUGUUUCAGGGAAGACAUCUGGAAAGUGCUUUGCUGUUUGCAGUCCUGAUGAACUUUAAACAUAUUUUUCUUUAUGUGGCACCUGCUUAUGGUAUUUACCUGCUACGUUCAUACUGCUUCACUGGGAAUAAACAAGAUGGAUCAAUCCAGUGGAGGAGUUUCAGCUGUUCCCGUCUUUUUGCCUUGGGAUUUUUAGUCUGUUCUGUCUUUGUUGCUUCAUUUGGACCCUUCAUUGCCAUGGGUCAGCUACCUCAAGUGCUUGCACGACUUUUUCCCUUCAAGAGAGGCCUCUGUCAUGCAUAUUGGGCCCCAAAUUUCUGGGCUAUGUACAAUGUAGUGGACAAAGUACUGUCUGUCAUUGAUGUAAAGCUGCAGUUACUGGAUCCUGCUAAAAUUUCAAAGGCAUCAAUGACGGGAGGUUUAGUCCAGGAGGUUCCAGCAUGCUGUCCUAGCCCUCUGUGUCACCAUUGGCAACGUUGGUCUGCACAUUGCUCUCAAUAAUACCUGCUAUUUUCAUCUUUGGCUAAAAACCUCGAGGACCUAGAGGAUUCCUUCAGUGUCUGAUUCUUUGUGCAUUGGGCUCAUUCAUGUUUGGCUGGCAUGUACACGAAAAGGCCAUUCUCAUCGCUAUACUGCCUUUAAGCUUGUUUGCUGUGGAAAAUAGAAACUAUGCAGGAAUAUAUCUUGUCUUAGUAACAACAGGGCAUUUUUCCCUCUUCCCACUUCUCUUCACGGGACCAGAGUUACCAAUUAAAAUCUGCCUCAUGCUGUUCUUCACUAUAUACAGUUUCUCUGCUCUGCGAGCUUUAUUCAGGAAAGAAGGAACACUUCUAAGCUGGCCUGAAUCCAUCUACCUCAGUGGUCUUAUUCCCCUUCAAGUUAUUUGUGAGAUCAUCUAUCCUCUAACACCAUGGCAGCAGAGAUUUCCCUUUGCACCACUAUUGCUCAUU